AAGGCAGUCAUUUUCAAAGAAGCAUAUUCUCAUGGCCCAGCACUUCCCCUGCUUCUAGGGUGUGCAGCUCUCGCUAGUUCAUUGGAGAGCAAGUUUUGUUACGGCUUUAGCUGUCUCGCUGAAGCUACUGACAAUAGCGACUGACAAUUGUCCUAGCGAUUGUCUAGAAAUAGGCUGGUUUGGGGGGUCGUCUGCGGAAGGUUCCUUUCAAAUUGCGCUACCGAAAUCCCCGCGUUUCGCUAUCGGCGCCUAUCUACACCUAACGUCAGCCUAGAAAUCAUCCCCAUUGCAAUUCUCAGCCACACAUGUUAGCUCACUGUUAGGCUUGUCCUCGACAUUUAUCAGAUAACGUCAAGAUGAAUCGCGUUAAAGCCGGCCGCAAAAAGGCCGAAGGGGGGGCCAGAUCGUUAAUCCCCUGUAUAGUCUUCCUCAUUUCCGCCGCUUGCGUCAUCCUAGUCAUAUCGUACACCGGCGCAACAAUCGCCUCUAAAAAAUCGUCCGCGCAGCCCGGCGGAAAGAACCCGCGCGGAGGCGGGGAAAGCGCGGACGUGAUGGAGGAAGGCGGAUCGGAGGGGGAGGAGGGGGGGGAAAUGGUGUUCGGAAAGGUCGUCGGCGCGGCGCCGUUUCUCCCGGACUUCGAUCUGUCGCGGCCCGUGGAGCACGGACCGAAAGGGAGGCGACUGAGCAAAGAGGAGCAGGAGUACGUCAGCGCGGAGGCGGAAUACCAGAUGCGCCUGGCGCGUCGCAACGAGCUCACGGGCGGCAAGCGCCCCGAGCCGCCGUUCCCGCGCUGGAAGCCCGGGAAGAUCAAGGAGGUCUUCCUCACGCCCACGUACCCCUGCAAGCGCGCCGAGCGGCUGGGCGGCACGGGGACAGACGGUGAAGGAGGCAAGUGGGUGUGUAACAUUCGCAAGCUGAGGGCGGGAGGCAGGCGGCCGAUCGUGUACAGCAUCGGCAGCGCGGGAGAGACCUCCUUUGAGCAGGCGGUGCGAGCCCGUCUGGGCACCAAGGCGUUCACCUUCGACCCGUUCUUAGACGACCAGCAGGCAGCAGCGAUACGGGCCAAGCACAUUCUGAGAUACAUCCCCAUUGGGCUGGGGGCGGGCAAGCAGCUGUCGGCUCUCAGGAGGGGCGCCCCUGGGAAGCGGUUUGCGACUCUGGCUCAGCUUAUGGGGAAGCUUAACCACUCGCAUGUUGACGUGCUCAAGAUUGACUGCGAGCGCUGUGAGGAGCGUCUUAUGGAGGACCUCCUUAAUGCGUUUGGCAAGGAGAAUCCGCCGGCCGACCAAAUCCUGGUGGAGAUUCACCAAAUCCGCCACGUGGCCAGGACCACGCAGGUCCUUUUCCCAUUGGAAGACAUGGGCUAUCGGCUCUUCAAUGCAGAGGCCAACCCCCGCUGCAGCUCCUGUUACGAGCUCUCCUUUGUUCAUGAAAGCUUCUUAAAGCCCAAAUCCAUGUUCCCUGAUGCUGCUGCUGCUGGCGGUGAUGCUGGUGGGGCUGGGGAUGCUGCUGGUGAUCCUGCAGCUGAUACUGCUGAAGCUGCUGCUGAUGCUGCAGCCGAUGCUGUUGCUGCUGCGGCUGCAGAUUCGGCUGCUGAGGAUGCUGCUGGUGAUGGUGGCUCCGGUGAGGGCACAGGGGACGGAAGUCAAUGAUUGAUUAGGCUUGUCUUGUCUAGCUGUUGUUGCUGGCACACUCCCCCGGCUCACCUAGUUUGUUUUCACAUUGGCUUGGAGUUUCACAUAUUUGCUCCGAUUGUUUUGUAGCAACCUCAGCAUACUACCCUUUAUGGACACAGUUGUCCACGAAUAUUGGCUUUACAGGAUUUACAGCAUACUUUUCUUGGGGGGGAGGUGGUUUGUUUGUCAUUCACUUAAGCAAAGAAGCUGUCAACA